ACCUCCUCCGGGGACCAGCCGCCCAGGGAGGAGCCGGCACAGAACGCUGGCUCGGAGCGCCGGCACCCUGGGCCUUUGCGUUGUUUGUCGGCUGAGCAGCUGGUUCCCGGAGCCCGUGGGCCUCCUGGCCAAUGCGAGUGACAGCGACCUUCUGGGUUUAUAAUAAAGGGCUUGACGCGCCGGAAAGUCCCCUCGCCGCUGGCCACCAGCCUUCCAGCCCUUACGGCCCACGCUGUAAUCCUGGUGACCGAGAAGAGAGCAGAGCUGCUGCCAGAAGGAAGGGGACAAGACCCAGCAGGACACCUUCUUUCCACGCUUUCUAGCCUGUGGGAGCGGCAGGGGCAACAGAGAGGGGACCUGGAGCCAGGAUUAAUGACUCAUUUAUGAAGCAUCUUAUUCUGCGACCGAGGCUCAGUGGUCAGUGGCGACGUAAAUGGCUCGACUCCCCGCUGGCAUUCGCUUCAUCAUCUCAUUCUCCAGGGAUCAGUGUCUUUAGGAACAUUCCAGUUUGCUGUGUAAAUGGACCCUUCACCCAAUUCUACAGGACAGCUUCUGUCAGCCUGGCUACACCGUGGCAGUGACUCUUCCCAAAGGGGCUCAUUCAUUAAGGUGUCUCCCUCCACACAAGGCUGAACUAAAGGUUCCAGAGGCAUGUGCUGCCCCUUGUGUGCUCCUCAGUGUUCUCAGGGCAUCUCUAGGCGUGUGCUGUGAGCACCAGCCGGGAGUCACCCCGCAGAGGAAGGCAGGAGCCCAGAACGCAUCACCAGGGCCUGAUCACCCAAGCAGCCCUGACCAUCGGGAACGCGGUGUGUGUCGGGGCCUCAGCACUCUUCAGACCUCAGCCCGACAAAGGGAGACAGCCUUCCUUCUGGGCUGUCUGGGUGGAGAGUGGAGAUGUGAACCCACAGCCCAUAGGACAGAGCUGCUCUUCUCAAAAUCCUUCCUAGCUGGGUGAUAACACCUGUAGAACUGGCACUGUGGAUGGAGAAUCCUCCUGCAUGGAGCAGGAGAGAUGGUCCAUGGACUUGUCUGAGACUGGGGAGGUGCUGGAGGCAACUUGGCCUGAGAACUUUGUUCACCUGUUUUGAGGAGAUUGGAGAAGGAAACCCUGUACUCCAAUGAGGGCCGAUCAGGGUCACCCAUCAGCCUUACUUGCCCUAGUCAGCUCCAGCAGGUGGGGUGGAAGUGACCAGUUUGUCAAGCUGUGGGCUGGACAAGUGAGCAUUGAGGGCCGGUGAAGCCCAGUGGCCUGGAAUCUUCCUGCACCAGCAGUCGAAGGCGUGAGAAGCAGUGGUGGCCUAACAGACAGCUUCAUCCAAAGCGCUGAGACUUUCUUUCCUUGCCAGAAAGGAUGGUUUUCAGAAACACGAGGACAGAGGCUGGGGCUUCUGGAGCAAAUCCACUGUACCCACAUAGCCUUUGUUCUUUGGGCUUUGGGAUAAAUGAUAGGCUCGCCUUUUAGGGUUUCACUUUUUUCCCAUUUGGCCCUUGCCAUGGGCUUGGAGAGGAAGCAUUGGAGAAAGGCCAUUGGAAGAUAGUUCCCUGAUGAAGAAGAGAGCACUGGGGAAUUUCUGUCUUCAGUCAGCAGGUAUUCUGCGAGUUGGUUUGGUUUGGUUCCUUCCCCAAAGGCACAGGCAUUCCAAAGGUUGUAGUUUUGAGUCACACGGAGCCACCAACCUUUCUUUCCCACCUGAAAUAUGGUCUUUUUUUUUUAAGAAAAAUCUGGAAAUAUUUAUUUGACCCCUACUUUAGCUGGUGACCAGAGAAGAAGGCAGCUCUGGGAUCCUAGGAUUUUAGUUACUUGUGGAAAGCUUCCCUCGGAGUAAAUCACAACAUUAAAAAUGUAGAUGCGCAGCUGGGAGAAGCAACCCCUUAUCCCAGGGACUCUUGGAAACGCUGCCUUUCUUUGUCCUGUGUAGGACGCCGCCUUAGGUAAUUAUUGAUUCAGGUUGUUGGUGGCGCCGUUUGAAGUCUCUUCCCAGGCCACAAGCAGGACAGGUUCUCCAGGGUAGGGAGAUGUGCCUAGGACACAGAAGAGCUGCCCCUCGCCUUCCACUCAUGUCAAAUACUUCUUUCUCCCAACCCAUUUUGUUGCCCCAAAAAGUAUUUUUCUAUGCGGUGGUUGAGACUCUUAGACUGGAGUUGCCCUUUGUCUUCUUUCUAAGGCACCUUCUUUUCUUCUUUCUUCCUCACACUCAUGCUGACUCUUUCGGCUGCUUUUCUCCCAGCCAAACUGAGCGAGGGGCUUCGUACCAGUGUUUCUGUCAUUGGCCUAUUGAGAGCCUGCCAGCGUCACUGCCUUUUUCUCUUUGAGGGCCGUGAAAUAUUUAUAUGUCUGCCUUGCUUGCGUGCUUCUGAAAAGUUGCAUAGAAACCAAAGAGCCAAAAAUAAAUAUGAUCUUAAUUGCCCAGGAUAGCAGGCUACGCCAGAAACUUGUGGUUAGUUUUGUUGUAAACUAAACAUUUCAUCGUGCUUGUUCUGCUUUGUAAACUCAAGUGUGCAUCUCGAGUCCCAGGUUUCCCUUUGGUUACGGUUUCUUUAAAUAAAUGAAUGCUUUUGAUAUUGUGACGUAAUAAUAAGAAACAUGCUUUUGGUCUCUGGCCCUGGCUCUGGGCACACAGCUCCUACAACCGUUAGUGCUGAGUGUCUUUUUGUUUGCUAAUGAGGUGACUGUGGCUGGGGCUCCAGGACAGCCUCCUGGGGGACUGGUUGCCAGGGCAACCGACCGCGUGACCAUGUAAUUAGAGGUUGGGACUCCACCCGUGGACCUCUGGGGAGGGGAGGGAGCCCGCAGAGGUGGAGUGGAUCACCAGUGGCCGGUGUUCUGCUCGAUGGUGCCUGUGUAAUGAGGCCUCCACAGACUCCCUCAACGACAGCGUUUGGGGGCUUGCAGGCUGCUGAGCACGGGGAGGUUCCCGGAGGGUGGAGCCCUGGGGAGGGCACAGCAGCUCCGAGCUCCCUGCCUCAUACCUCGCCCUGUGCAUCUCUUCAUCUGUACAGAGCCUUCAUUUUUAUUUUGACAUUUCUGCUGUAUGCAAGUUUUCACUUAUCUCGAAAGCCUAUCAGCAUAGUUAAGGGUGAGCUCCACAAGUACUGCACUGCUUGGGAUGAAGCUGACGUCAGGUUCAGCAGCCAGAACAGGAAGUCUGGGUCCGCUGCCCCCCACCAGCUACCUGACAAUGAGACCGACUGUGGCUGGGCACCGUUUGAUAAGAACAACUAUCAGCAGCUGCUUGGGGCCCUGGACUACUCCUUCCUGUGCGCCUAUGCCGUGGGGAUGUACCUCAGUGGCAUCAUUGGGGAGCGCCUGCCGAUUAGGUAUUACCUAACUUUUGGGAUGCUCGCCAGCGGAGCCUUCACCGCCCUGUUCGGCUUAGGGUAUUUCUACAACAUCCACAGUUUCGGAUUCUACGUGGUAACUCAGGUCAUCAACGGGCUGGUGCAGACCACCGGCUGGCCCAGCGUCGUCACCUGCCUCGGCAACUGGUUUGGAAAAGGAAGGAGAGGUUUGAUUAUGGGGGUCUGGAACUCCCACACCUCCGUGGGCAACAUCUUGGGGUCAUUGAUCGCUGGCUACUGGGUGUCCACAUGCUGGGGCCUGUCCUUCGUCGUGCCUGGAGCCAUCGUGGCAGCCAUGGGGAUAGUGUGCUUUCUCUUCCUCAUUGAACAUCCGAAGGACGUCAGGUGCUCCUCCACCCUGGUGACGCACUCAAAAGGCUAUGAGAAUGGUACAAACAGAUUGAGACUCCAGAAGCAAAUCUUGAAGAGCGAAAAGAACAAGCCUCUGGACCCAGAGAUGCAGUGCCUGCUGCUCUCAGAUGGGAAGGGCUCCAUCCACCCGAACCACGUCGUCAUUCUCCCCGGGGACGGUGGGAGUGGCACGGCCGCCAUCAGCUUCACAGGGGCCUUGAAAAUUCCAGGCGUGAUAGAGUUCUCACUGUGUCUGCUGUUUGCCAAGCUGGUCAGCUAUACUUUCCUCUUCUGGCUGCCCCUGUACAUCACGAAUGUGGAUCACCUUGAUGCCAAAAAAGCGGGGGAGCUCUCCACCCUGUUUGACGUGGGCGGAAUCUUUGGUGGGAUCCUGGCCGGUGUGAUCUCAGACCGACUGGAGAAAAGGGCCUCCACCUGCGGCCUGAUGCUGCUGCUCGCGGCCCCCACGCUCUACAUCUUCUCCACCAUCAGCAAGAUGGGGCUUGAGGCCACCAUCGCCAUGCUGCUGCUCAGCGGAGCCCUGGUCAGUGGGCCCUACGCGCUCAUCACCACCGCCGUCUCCGCCGACCUGGGGACUCAUAAAAGUCUGAAAGGCAACGCGCACGCCCUCUCCACCGUGACGGCCAUCAUUGACGGGACCGGCUCUGUAGGAGCAGCCCUGGGCCCCCUGCUGGCUGGGCUCCUCUCCCCGUCCGGCUGGAGCAAUGUGUUUUACAUGCUGAUGUUUGCAGAUGCCUGUGCCUUACUGAUUUAAGGAACAGUGACACCCCACCCCAGUCCCGUGGAGGGGGUCUGGGCCCACCCUUCACAACUGCCUUUCAAGGACAGUUCAGACAAAGGGCCCUGCAUGGAAAGAGUGACCUCCCUUUGCCUUUUGCACACGCACCUGGAAAAGACACAGAAGCCAACCUGAGAACUCCUGGUGCUAUUUUAAAGGAGACAUAUUGCUGAACAGCAGUGAGAAAAGUCUGCAGGAACUGCUGCCUGAGCCGAGCCAGAGAACCGAAGACCCGGCCGGCCCUGGCCUCACAGGCGUGUGCCCAUGCAGCCAUCCAAAUGCACGCGUGACAACAAGGCCGGGAGGGUGGGGGGGGUGCACAGGUAGCCCCGACCCUCUCAGGCAUUUCAGCCACAGAACAUCAAAGUGAGCGAGUGCUGCGCCGGCUGUGGCUUCAGAGAACCAGUAUGUGCCAUGUGGAAAAACAGGACACCAGAGCUCACCAGACAGUGCCGGCCAGCAGAGAAGCAGAGAGCCAGCGCCACACAACAUCAAGAAGGCCAACAACCAGGCUGGAAACCAAGACGGAGCUCAGCCCCACCACAUCGCCCCAGAGGCUUUUCCAGCACCCACGAUGCUCCGGACUGACCUGAAAACUAAUUGUCGAGAAGCCAAGGGUGAGGAGACAGGAAGCACCUCCGGUUGGAGGCACCCAGGCGUGCCAGCCACAGAGCGCCCCGAAGUCACCGUCAUCCCAGCCCCUGGCCUUCCUGCUGCCCUCCGGGGCCAUGGCGCUGCUGUUCAGCUCAGGCACAGGGGCACAGCAGAGGCUUGGGAAGCGGUCUCCCCACCGGCACUGGGAUUGGCGGGUCCAAGCCCAGCAACUGGCUUCGCUCCACAACACACACCACACCUGGGACUGUUUUUAAUACAUAGCAACAGACUGGGUUAUUUAUUUAAGAUGUGUAUUGUGUCAUAUGAAGUUUAAGAGACAUAAAUGGCAUUUUGUUAUUUAUUAAGACAAACUCCAAUUGUUCUCUGGCUGUUUUUUUCAGUUGUGUCUAGCAAAAUACUUAUCUGCCCUUUGAAAUAAAAUGUUUUUGUUUAAAAAA